AUGGGGAGGCGCCCAGCUCCCCUAAAACGCCGCCUUCUCAGCAGACCCCCAGGAGUCGACCGGACGGGACGCUACCUCAGCGGUGACCACCCCCUCCCCCAGAUAGAUUCUUCCCUUCACAAACAGCCCAUGGCGGACCAAGGCUCGGGGGGCAGCCGCCUCCCCCUGGCGCUGCCCCCGGCCUCCCAGGGUUGUUCCUCAGGGGGCGGCGGCUCCUCGGCGGGGAACUCGGGACACCCUCCGCCCCCGCGAAACCUCCAAGGCCUGCUGCAGAUGGCCAUCACGGCGGGCUCUCAGGAACCAGACCCCCCUCCAGAACCCAUGAGUGAGGAGAGGCGUCAGUGGCUGCAGGAGGCCAUGUCAGCUGCCUUCCGGGGCCAGCGGGAGGAGGUGGAGCAGAUGAAGAACUGCCUCCGAGUGCUGUCCCAGCCUGCGCCCUCCUUGGCUGGCGAGGCGGACCUGGCCGCCGACCAGCAGGAGCGCGAGGGGGCCCUGGAGCUGCUGGCCGACCUGUGUGAAAACAUGGACAACGCUGCAGACUUCUGCCAGCUGUCAGGCAUGCACCUGCUGGUGGGCCGGUACCUGGAGGCGGGGCCCGCGGGGCUGCGGUGGCGGGCGGCGCAGCUCAUCGGCACGUGCAGCCAGAAUGUGGCGGCCAUCCAGGAGCAGGUGCUGGGCCUGGGCGCCCUGCGCAAGCUGCUGCGGCUUCUUGACCGGGAUGCUUCCGACUUGGUGCGCGUGAAGGCCCUGUUCGCCAUCUCCUGCCUGGUCCGGGAGCAGGAGGCUGGGCUGCUGCAGUUCCUGCGCCUGGAUGGCUUCUCUGUGCUGAUGCGGGCCAUGCAGCAGCAGGUGCAAAAGCUCAAGGUCAAGUCAGCGUUCCUGCUGCAGAACCUGCUGGUGGGCCACCCCGAACACAAAGGGACCCUGUGCUCCAUGGGGAUGGUCCAGCAGCUGGUGGCCCUGAUCCGGACAGAACACAGCCCCUUCCAUGAGCAUGUGCUUGGAGCCCUGUGCAGCCUGGUGACAGACUUCCCCCAGGGCGUGCGGGAGUGCCGGGAGCCCGAGCUGGGCCUGGAGGAGCUGCUCCGCCACCGCGUCCAGCUGCUGCAGCAGCACGAGGAGUACCAGGAGGAGCUGGAGUUCUGUGAAAAGCUGCUACAGACCUGUUUCUCCAGCCCGACGGAUGACAGCAUGGAUCGGUGAAACCUGGUGGCUUAUCACCCCUGUCCGUGGGAACCCCAGGCCCCCUGCCUCCCGAGAGAGCAGGGCCUUACUGCUGCUUGGCCAGGGCGUGCCAGCCAGUCUCUGCUCAGGCCCCUGCGGGGGCGCCCGGAAAGGCGCUGGCUCCUUGGGUCCCACCUCUCGUGCUCUCACACCCUCCCCUUCUUGUGUCCACUGUUCUAAUAAAAGUAUUUCUCCUCCUCCGGCUCA